CAAUCCCCACACAGCGGCGGUGGAUGCAUUUGAAUGGUUCAAAAACUUCCGAAACGCCAGCGAACGCUUAACAAGAGUUGGCCUUGUACAGUGCAACCAGUUUUUCACCACUUGGACUGACAGAUCUGAAGAGAAUACAUGCCACCUGACACACUGCCUUGUGUAUCUAAAUUGUGACAAGUGCUUUUCUAUCAGCGGCAGUUCCCAAAGGUCAAGAAAAAGCCCUCCGAUGGCCUCUUGUGAUCUCGCCUGCAUCUUUCAAAGACCAUGAAGCAGGUGGAUAUUAGAAAUAAGGACGAAUUAGAUAAGGAAAGAUACAAAGUGCACAGUCCGGGCAAGGAAAAGAGGUCCUCACUUUACAAGAGGAAGAGGUCUGUAUCCCUGGAGGUGGGCUUGAAGCUGCACCGUAAAACAUCCAAUGUUGGUCGAGCCCGUAACCCCGGCAUGGCCAAUAAAGAAAAUGAGGUGACAUGCUCGGAUGUGCGGGGCAAUCACUACAAAGUUAACUACAGCCCUCCUGCGAGCGCCGCGGUCUCCAAGAUGGCAGGGCCCAGCUCCAAGUACAAUGACUUUACUGAGCUGUCAAAGGACCACGAAGCAGUGUCUCACAUCCUCUUCGGAAGGAAUCUUCGACUUAAAGUGGCCCUAACGCUAUGGCGAAGAAACGCUAUUGAAUUCGUGGCUUAUCUAAUUAUAAUUCAAGACACAGGAGUGCUGCUUGAUCUGUUACCCUUCAUAACAAACGACCUUCAAACCGAAGCAUCGUGUUUUUCUAUCGGAUGCUGUGUUGACCUCAUACCCCAAGUCAAAGUGAUUCUUACCAGCAAAUAUGAAGAACACAUAAUUGUGGGUUUACACUGGGUUCAGGCUGUCAUCAGGAAAUGGUGGCCAGACCUUUCAAAGACAGAGAAAAGACUGCUGGACAGUUUGGACAACAGAAACAUUGUGGUCUUGAAGCAACGUCUAAGAGACUUGUGGAAGGACGGAGCCAGGCUAUGUCUGGUUUCGGGUUCUACUGGCGACCUGGCAAAGGCCAUCGAGGCGUACGUCCUUCAGCUGCCCUGACUGUUGUCCAUGUAGCACUCCGAGGAUGUGACCACUACUGCCGGAUCACGGCUGUGUUGUCCGUAUGGAUGAUAACAUCCUGCAUCAAGACUGGAUCAAUGUUUUGUUACUCAAAACCUCCAAACUGAAAAUGAACUUGACACAUCAAAAAAAACUCGUUAUCGCUGGAGACACUUAAAGCAGGGCUGGGAGCACAUGUCUGCAGCCGAAAGCACAGCGAGUGACUGCUUCACAUUGAAGUGGACCGUCUCAGGAAAAGGGGGACAUAUCGUGGACCUCCAUGAGACUGGAUAUAUGUCACUCUAUGUAGUGCCAAGCUUGUUGUGUCUCACUACAUCACUUGUCGCCAAGGAAUGCAAAUGCACUUGGAUUCAUGAAUGGCCCGCUGUUUGGAUGUUUCUAACCUGCGUUCUUUGGAAUCAGGAACUUGAAGAGUUGCAUCAGUCUUAAGUUAUGAGUGUGCAUCAUGUGUGUUCUCCAUGUGUGUCAUUUGAACUUGAUGUCAAGCCAAUUUAUUUUAAUCUUUUAAAUAAACAUGAGUAAAAUAUUU